AUGGUAGUUGAGUACGGGGUCGUCCCAGGAGACCCAGAGCCCACGGGUAUCUACAAUAAGAAGAUCUCGGCAUCAUUGACUGUUGAGCGAUGUCGCGAGAAGUUGGAGAAUAAGUACCGAAAACAUUUGUGCAAAAUUCAAAUGAAACCGUGGGAUAAAAGUGAUUAUGCUGAGUUCAAAAAUAUGCACACGGUUGUCACACUGGUGAAGAAGGACGCUAGUGGACAAAACAUGAACAAGAAGGAAAUACUCAAGGGUUCUGUUGCUGAAAUAUUUUCAACGAAAGUAAACGGAGAACUGCCAGAUCGAAUCCUCAUUUCGGCACCCGCUGGAAGAGGGAAGACUACGGCUGUCGCUAAGAUGGCUUACGACUGGGUUCACAGAGAAAAGGGGUCAGCAUUAGAACACCUGCCACUUCUGUUUGUUGUGAAAUUCCGAAACACAAGUCAGCUUACAUCGAUCGGAGAAGCUAUCAAAACCCAGCUUUUGAGUGAUGUAGAUGAUCUUACACCAGAGGGUCUCGAGAGUUUCAUUAGAGAGAAUCAGAGAAUCUGUCACAUCAUACUAGACGGGCUAGAUGAGUAUGCGGGUAUCUCUUCUUCAAAACGAAGCUCAGAGAGCAAUAUUGUCAAUGUCAUUCGCUGUGAGGAAUUUCCAGAGUGUCGAGUCCUUGUAACAACACGUCCUCACCUAGAAAACUUCUUCAAUGAUGAUGAUCUCCCAAGGGUAUACACAAAAAUGUGGAUCGAAGGAUUCUCACAAAAGAGCUCACGUGAGUACAUCGACAAGUUCUUUGCUUCGACUUCGAAUAAUUAUAACAGACAUGGUCAUGGUCUGAAGGUUUACCUUGAUGAACAACCACUCAUCAAUGAACUUGUUAAAACACCUCUAUUCUGUCUCAUGGUCUGUCAUUUGUGGAGCGAGGGGCUUUUAAACACUGAAACUACCACUCAAACAGAUUUAAUAGACAGCGUGAAUGUAUUUCUGAUGCAACAUGCCAAUGCCCGAUCAAAAUCAAAAGACGAAAUAACAGAGGAAGAACUUACUGAAAUCAUUCAUAAACUGGGUAAGGUUGCUCUAGCUGGUCUAGUCGACGACUCUAAAAAAUUGGUGUUUACGCCUUACGAUUUUCGAAGAGUUCCUGCUAUCCUUGAUAGGGCAUGCGAGCUUGGGUUGCUAUCCAACAUUACGAUUCCAAAGACAAGGCUCCCACGAUCCAACAAGACCACUUUCACUACCAUUGAAUUUUAUCACAAGCUCGCUCAGGAACACUCGGCUGGGAAAUACCUCGCUGCUAAAACGAAAAAAAUUAUGUUACGACUGAAGAUUUCUAAGUUAGACAGACUGCUGCGAAACAUGAAAGCAAACUUCGGGGAUUAUGAGAAUCUCAUCCGAUUUGCUGCUGGCACAGAUAACAGCAUUUGCAUACGAAUAAUGGAGGCGCUCCUUUCCAACAGCUUUAUGGAUGAGAGCGAGCGAUAUCGAAUUCUCCUUGACUGCUCAUCAGAGACCAAGGGUACUGAAGGAAAUGUGUCUUCGUUUGUUCAAAGAUGUGUAACUGCACAGAGUAUUGUUCUAAAGUCACCAACUGUCUACACCGUCGUUGGGAUGCAAAAUCUUCCAAUGGAACUAAAAGACAAGGUUCGGACAGUAAAGUUCGAGAGGUCUACUCUGACUACCGACGUGACGAGUGGACUAUGGUCCUGCCUCAAAGCCUUUCGGAUGCUAGAUACCCUCAUCAUCUCAGACUCCUCUCUCAGUUUCCCUCCAUCUCCUCCUGAGCUUCCAUCCGUCAUAAAGUUAUCAGCUCAUAGAGUGACGUCACAAAGCUACGAAGAAGUGCUCUCGUCGAUACCUGGAGUGAGAGAUAUCGAUGUCUCUAUCGACGUUGCAGAGACGAGCCACACUUCUCAGAUAACCACCGCCUCCAGACCUAUGGGCCAGACCAGGGCUGGGGAUGAACAGUCUUUUGUUCAUAUAAGACUUCACGCCUGGUCUACACUCACAACAAACAGGGAGAUCGAUUCAGGAGAGUCUAUUGGAGGGCUUAGUCUUCUAUUUGGAGACCCAACCGGGAACCAACAGCGGCUGCAUGUGUCCGGGGUCAAGGGCAGAGACGAAAACGAUUUGGUCGACCUGUUUGUCAAGACUGAACAACUAACGUCUUUGAAUUCGAGGUACUUAGAAUUAGAUCAAGAUCUUAAUUCAAGAGCGGAGGUGGUUGUCAAAACGACAGAGACGCCGUCCAGGUGGGUAAACUUUUGA